UGUUGGUUUAAAUUGCAAGCUGGAAAGUUUGAUAACGUUUUCUUCACAGUAUGAAGUAGCUACAAUGAUUUGAGAAGAUGACUGACGCUUUGAAAAAGAGAUUUGAGUUUCCCAGCUCCCUAAUUCAAGCUCAGGCUGUAAGGAGUCUGGUUACUGCAGUACUGAAGGAAAAGGGCCAGAAUGAAACCAUCUCAGAAUCUACAAUUCAGGGUCCGGCUCUGUUGGCACUGUGGGAGCAGUGCAGCAGUGAGAGUGUAGUGGUGCGCUCAGCUUGCUGUGAUGCGCUGGUGCUGCUAGUUGAACAAGGCCUCGCUGACCUGCAGUACGUCCUCAACAGCAUUCUCAACCUCCUGCCCUCAGCACGAAAUGUGCAAGGACUAAUUAAGGUGGUUGGAAGGCUGCUGCAGAUCCAAGCGAGUCAGCGGGACAAGAGCACAUCCUUUACCUGUCCGUACUCCAUCAGGAGCUGUCCUCACCCGUACAUCACAGUGCUGGAGAAUCGGCCCGAUUGCUGGCCUGCUCUGCUUCAGGAGAUUGAUGACUUCAUUCAGCUGGCUGCUGACAGGAACGAGCAUUUGUUUAUCUCCAUGCUGGCUCCGUUCCUGCGUUACCUCUACUGUGAGCCUCAGAGGCUGCCAGAGAAUGCGCUGCUCCGACACGGCCUGCUCCGAGUCCUGCUACAGUGCCGUGAGGUCGAUCAAGGUCAAAGUUCAGCUUGCACACCGGUCACCCAUCAGAUCCUGCACUGCCUUGUUCAGUUGUUUCCUCAUAUGCUGGUGGACAGCGUUACAGACAUGGUGGAGCUGAGUUCCAUGGCCGAGUCUCUAAGCUCUGCUCUGCUCGCUGAGCCGGAUCACUGGAGGACAGAGUUAGCACAGCUAGCGCUACAGCUCAUGUGUGGCUGUCAGCUCAGCCUCCAGCUUGGAGGAGAACUGAGGUCCUUGCUGCACACCCUACACCGGAUACUGCCAGUAUGUAAAAAGGACCUCCCGUCUGAUCAAGUGAUCAUGGGGAUCUCGCUGCUUCUUCUUAAGGCCUCCGCCUCACAGCAGACCGCCCUCCUGGAGCUCGGUGUGAAGGUGGUUUCAAACGAAGAGAGGCCUCCAUGGAGUGCACAGUUGCUAGUAAUGCCACUGCUGCAGGUGCUUUCCUGCUCCACCCUCAUGGAGGCUCUAACAGACCCUCAAACUCACGCGAAGAACCAGGACCUGGCUAACUCACUGCUUCAGAUCGUCCAGAGAGAGCUGUGUAAUCCAGUACAGGACAACGCUACCCAGCUACCUCUUCCUCUGAGCACAUGGUACAGUGAGCUGCAGGUGGCCACCAGUGUCUUACGCGGAGUCUCAGCAGAUCCCGCUGCCUCUAUAGAGUGGCUCUAUUCUGUCCAGUCCGCUCUACCUUUGUGUGAAUAUGUCCCAGAUGCUCUUCCCCUUCUUCUCACCCACCUUAUCCUCAGCAGUGAGGGGGAUCUCUGCAGGCUGGCUCUGGACACUGCAGCAAGAAUCUGUGAAGCAGAUCCCACUCAGGUCCCGUGUAUGGUGCCGGUGCUGAUGUUUAAGCUGAGUCGAGUCUCUGAUGGUGCUUUAUCUCACACAGUGCUCUUCACUUUACCAAAACUGGGAACGCACCAGUUUUGUAUACCGCAGGUCCUGCAUGUUCUUCAGAGGCUGGCCAGCUGCCCCAAACUGCGGCCUGUGGCUUUGUGUGUUCUUACUGAGCUUUGGAAAAAGCAGGAUCGUGUGUAUCCAGACUUGCAGAAACUGAUGGCCCUGAUGGAGAAAUCAUCGGUAAUGGUGGGAAAGGAGGUUCAGUGGGAACAGAUCCUGGCGAGAGCUGCCUGUGUGAGGGACAUCUGUCGAGAAAGGCCAUACCAGCAUGGAGGAGACAUGCUGGCAGCUAUAACAGACACGCUGACUCAGUGUUCUAGGAAGGACCAGGCCCCCCCUGCAGCGCUGGUUCUGCAGGGUCUACAUGAACUAUGCAGAGCUGAGGUGGUCGAUAUCAGCUCUACGUGGAAAGCGCUCUCUCCGAAGAUAACCUGUGAGACGAGACCUCUAGUGGUAAAGGCUGUUGCAGAGCUUCUCUCUCUGGUGCCUUCACUACACGUCAAAACGGAACAAUAUGAGAAUUUUACAAAUGAGAUGGUCAGCAUUUUGUGGAGCUAUGCUCUAAGUCAGAAUGCAGACGUGGCUACCAGUGGCUACAGGGCACUGUCUGAAUUCCCAGAAUCCUCUCAUUCCAUCUUGCACCUGCCUGAACCAGCAAGACCAGAAACAAAGCAGCCAUGUGAUCAUGAGGAUGAGGAGAAGGAGAAAGAGAAAGAUGAAGAUCUCACUGUGCCAGGACCUUCAUACAUUAAGCUGGUUGGACUGACACCACAACCUGUUUUACCAGCACUUGAGACCUUCCUGACGGCUCUCAUAAAACAAGAGAUGAUCCAAAUGCCCAGAGGAGUAUACCAUUUAGCCCUGAGAGGAGGAAACCUGCGUUCUGACCAAGGCAAAACUGUUGCUGGAGUCCCUGCCUUUAUGCUAAAAACGUAUGAGAAGAAUAAGCAGCCUGGUCUUAAACCUGGUCUAGCAGCUGGUCUGCUGCUCUGCUACGACCUCCCCAUCCAGACUGACAAAGAUGGACGACCAAUUACCCGCUUCAUAGUCAGCAGAGGCCGCAGCUACCAGCAGAUGUUAACCACCCUCAUCCAUGAGGUGAACAUCCAGCCUUCAGAGUGGCAUCGCUCCCUUUUACUGCCUCAGGCAUGGCGUGACUUUAUGAACCGGGCAUACCAGGCUGUCUUACAGGGGCGUAAAGCAGAGCUGGAGAUGCUGCAGAAGCAGGGGAAGGAGAGUCCAGAUGACUUACAGUAUAAACAGCAUUGCUCCUGGCUCUGGGUCAGGGACCAGCUGACUGAUGUGGUAAAGGCUGCUGCCAAGGACAGUCCAGUAGUCCAGGGGAACUGCAUUUUGGCUCUUAGUGGUCUUGCUGUGGCCCUGAGUCGCCAUGGGAGUAGUCUUCCUGCUCAAAGCAAUGGACAAGUUGAGGUGGGUCCAGAGAUCCUCCCAACAGCUCAUUGGCUGUCUAUGGUUAUUGACACUCUUCUGAGCAUUGUGAGCAGCAGCAGCCGACCCAAAGGACAAGUCUUCCCUUGGUUUGUUCAUCGCUCAUACUCGGGUGAAAACACAGCCAGUGCUAUAGCCCGCUCCUGUGCAGCACUCGGCCUGGCCAUGCUAGUACCCGUGCUGGUCACCUCGCACAGGGAGGCCGUGCCUACCAUACUCGACACCCUGAAAUCAGGGCUGCCUGAUGCACCCACUGCAGAUGACUCGCAGGCCGUGCAGUUUCACAGCGGCCUGGCACUGGGUAUGCUGCUGGCCUGGCUCAAUGAGGAGAAAGUCAGUGACAUAGGUGGGCAGUCCAUGUGGAAGCUGGUGCUGAGUUAUCUGGAGCUUUUGGAGGCGUGCUGUUUUAAUACCCAGCUGGAGUAUAAUUCAGGCUGUGUUUUGGCUGUAGGGCUGUUGCUCAGCUCUCUGUGUAGUAGUAGUGUCGAAGAACAGCGAGGACGUGUGUUUCUGUCUCUAGACAGACUGCUGCAGAGCCUGCGAGACAGCAGCGGCAUGGGACGCAUGCAGCAGGAGGUUCUGGCAUACUCUGUUUCAUGUGCUGGAGUGUCUGCAUUCAGCUGUGGCAUUACUGAUGCCAGUAAGGCUGAGGAGAUGAUGAACACUUUGAGAUCCAUGACUGAGGAAAACCAGCAGACUCCAGGUUUGGCUUUGGCUCUGGGCCUCUCUGUGUAUGGACUGUCCUCUUGUGGUCAUGGUAAAGCUGAGGACCUCCACCCUCGCCUGCUUUCUGCAUGGACCAAGAUCUUGCUGGCAGAGGGUUGCCCAACCAUGCAAAGACUGGCAGCUCUCAAUGGCAUGAUCUCACUCGUAGGUUCGGAGACUGCUUUUCUUCAGCUUAAGAGUGAAUCUGAACAGUCCUCUCAGCAGCAGAAUCGACUAAACGAGGUCAUAAGAUCUAUUACACAGAUCAUCUCUUUCUCAGGAGCAUUAGGUCUUCAGUCUAAUGGAGCAUGUUUGGUGGCUCAUCUGCACUUGGCUCAUAUGUCCAGCAGCCACAGCCGAACUGCAGUGCCACAGGACUUCAGCUAUCUCCCAGAGAGGAGUAUCAUCCGUGCUUCAGUGCUGUACAUUACUGAAGCAGGAAGGAAAGGGCCUGAGGUCAUUCCUCCAGAUCUGUUAAAGGCAGUGUUGGCUCCACUGGCCACAGUGGGUGCUAGCUUCCAAUAUCCACCAAUCAACUGGAGUGCCAUCCUCUUGUCCGUGAUGAGACUCAACUUUGGUGAGGAGGUACAGCAUCACUGCAUAGAGCUGGCUGCCAGUCAGAGCCAGAGUUCCUCCAGUGCUUCACUCUUCCUGGGUGUAUGGCUCGCUCCUCCACUGGUCCACAGCCUCAGUCUGCGUACCAGAGCUCUUCUGUACGAGUGCUUGAGUUCGUGGAUGAAGCAUGUUGCAGAAGAUAAGCUGCAGGUGUACGUGGAGAGUUUGGCGGUACAGCAGUUUAAUCCAGAUACCCGAGCUCUGAGGCGUUCUCUCUGCCGCUCCAUUCUUCAAGGCCUGGCUAAGGCUAUGGCUCUCCCAAACCCAGCUCAGAACUGCUGGGCAAUUCUGUGCUCCACCACUGAGAAGAUAUUCCAACUUUUACCUGAUCAUAUACAGGCUAAUGAGGUGCAUCUCUAUGAAGGAAUCUGUUCUUGUUUGUCAGAAAUGAGCGACACAGAGAUCGACAGGAUUGUUAAAGUCACUGAGGUCAAUGUGGAGAAGACAACCUUUAUUCUGUCCUAUCUAAGCUCCAAAGGCAGAAUUCCACUCCUGGCUGUUAACGAUGUUAUCAGUACAGUUCUUCAAACAGGGAAGGUUGAGAGAAUCAGCUGGCUGAUCCUGCAGUGCUUCUACCAGUCACGGCUGUCCUCUAACCCUAACACAGGUGUGGCCAAAAGAAUGGAGUGGCUGCUAGAAUUAAUGGGACACAUCAGGAAAGUGGCAUAUGGAGCACCCACAGUGAAAUGUGAUGCCACAGUGAGCACCAGCUUCUUGCUUGGCGUUUUUGCCGCUGCACUGGUCUCAUGGGCCGAUCACUCUAUGCCACUCCUUAUUGGCAUCCGAGCCCAGUGGUUUCCAUGGCAAAAUUCAUCACUUCAGCUAGACCUCGCCCAUGACCUCUAUGUGAACACUGCGAGCACCGAGGAGUCGGUAAAACAGUGUCUGCUAGCUAUGCCAUACAGCCUGAAGCACCUGCUAGUCAAGGAGCCGUGGAAGUCCCAGUCUCAGAAGUUCAUUGACUGGCUCUUCAGCUUGACAGAGGCUUCUGAUGAAGUUUUAUCACAAACAGCCAGAGCAACCUUACUGGCACUGAGAUCAACCCCAGAGUUUAAGAAGAAGGCGGUGUGGACAAGGGCAUAUGGCUGGUGAACUAAAAUGUACUCACUGCACCCUUAUUUGUGUUCAAAUAAGUAAAAUGUAUAAAAGCUGCAGUAAA